GAUGCUAAUUUGCUAACCACCAAUAUCUAAGAUUGAGGACCAAAGUUGCAAUUUAUUCCACAAGGAAAAAGAACCCAUCACGAGAACAAUUUCCUUUGAUUGACACCCCUGUAAAUUGUAAUCUGUUCCUCCUCAUUACCCACCCGAUGUAUGCUAAUUUCCCCCUCCACAACUACCCAACUUUAACACCAACACUUUCUUCCAUCCAUGGCUUUAAGCACCAAUCUUCUCCUAACCUAAGAACAACAAAGACCCUUUAUCUGCAUCUUCAACCAACAAAGAAAUCAAGAACCAUUAUCAGUUGUGCAGCAAAUAGUAGUGAUAGUGUUAAGGGUGCAGUCAACUGGCCAGAAUUGCUUGAAAAAUGGUCCCCCAAAAAAUUUGUUGGAGCUGAUAAACUAUUUAGAGCUAUAUCUGGAGCAACUUCUAGCCCCAUUGCCCAGUACAUACCUUCUCCAUUCACUUUUGUUCACUCUGUUGACCCCAGAAUCAAAUUGGCAUGGCUCUUUACUCUGGUUAUUUUACCAGCAAAAUCAAAUGCAAUCAUGCGUUUGUCAUUGGUUGCGUACUUAGCUAUACUAUCUAUUUUGGUCCAGCCUGCACAAGUGUGGAAGGAUCAACUCGGGAGAGUCACACUUCUGUCCGGGAUCUUAUUUAUAAUGUUGGGCCUAAGUACUGACAGUGCACCUUCUCUCGUCUCUUCAAGAGCUCCCCCACCUUCAUUAAUGGGAUUACCACCUUUUCCUACGUCUUUGGAAGGUUAUAAAUAUGUAAUCUUGAAGCUGGGGCCAUUACAACUCACCAGAAAGGGAUUAUCAGCCGCUACUACAUCAGCAUGUUUAACCUUCACUAUCUUCCAAAGUGCAAGUGUAUACCUAUCAACCACAACGCCGGAGCAGAUAGCUUUUGCCUUGCGGUGGUUUAUAUCCCCUUUGGCCAACCUUGGUGUCCCUGUUGCCGAAGUUAUCCUUACUCUCCUGCUCUCCUUGAGAUUUAUCAAUCUCGUAUUUGAUGAGGUCCGAAAUGUUGCUCUUGGUAUUGUAUCGCGUAGGAUUAAUUGGCAGCAGAUGACAUUUUUGGAGACAAUAGAUGUUUUCUUCACAUAUAUUCGUCGGAUAUUCAGAAAUAUUUUUGUUCAUGCAGAGCAGAUAUCUCAGGCAAUGAUUGUUAGAGGUUUUCGAGGGGACAGCACCACUCACAAAAUAUUCUUGUCAGCAGACUCAUCUAGUGGAGUUGCAAAUUAUAUUUCUCUAUCAUGUCUUUUUGGUCUAAUAGCCUUAGUCACUUUGCCCAAGUACCUUAUACAGUAAAACAUGGCUAAUCAUCUGAAAAAGAUCAGUCGCUUGUCCUUUUAUCCUUCAACUAUCUUAACCUCCUAAACAACAAAUAAUUUCCUUGUCUGCACCUUGUUGUCCAACUUCUUUCUCCUCUCCUUCCUCCACAUUUAUACUCCUCUUCUGGAAGAAAGAUUCUUUUUUCUAGCAGAUGUCCAUGAAAAAGAAAACUGGUCAAAUCUGUUUUCUUUAUUAACUGAAAGCGGUGACCGAUAACUAUCCUACUCUCAAAUUUGGGCUGGUUGCUUUCUCCCUUUAUCUAUGAUGAGGAUUGAAUUUUUUACUGACAUGGCGAUGGAAGUUUUUGGUGCCCAUUAAAUAAAGGUGGUCGAUACAUACAUUUUCUGGAUAAACAGGCUACCUUCCUGGAAUCUGAGUCUAUAUCAGCAGAUGGGAUUCUUAUUUAAACAAGUGAAGCUAACUGGUGGUUACAAACUUACAAACAGUAUUAGUCCUUUUAAGAAAAUCAUCAGAUCAUUGUGUAAUCAGUGGUAACUGCAAUCAUUCUAGCUCUCGCCACGAGGAUUUGGGUAUUGCAAAAUUAUGAGCUUCUGCCCUCAAUGGUUUAGAACUUGAUAAUGGAAAGUGUAUAACCAUAGCAUGGGAAGCGAAAAACUUUCAAGUGCUGUUAGAAACUGCAACGUGAUUCAGUUGACAUGUUUUUUAUGAAAAAAGGCACCAUUGAAGUGUUGUCUGCA